CUCAACCGAUUUUCAUGUCUAUCUAAGUUAUUUUGUGAAAAAAAUGUCCCUUUACCUACAAAACAAGCUGUGUAAAAUUUACCAAACAUAUGCAUUAUCUCUAAUUUACCUUAUAAUACAGACAAUACAAUUAUUUUGAUAAAACAAACUGUGUUCAUUUGAGCUCCUGUCAUACACACUUUGAUAACUUUAAUUUGUUUGCUUAUCCUAUAAAAUGAAACAUUUUCUCUUUUUGGUUUAAAUUUGUAACUUGAAUAAGACAGAUGAAACAAUCUACGAUCAUUUUCUUACAGUUGUAAAUAUCUGCACAGAUCACUUAGUAGAGCAAUCAAACUACAUCCUUAUUGAUACAGCAAGUGUUCAAGAUUUCCAACAAACGCCAUGUGAAUGUGUUAUUUUAACAAAUAAACAAGAACUUGAAAUCACUUUGUUGUUAGAAAAUUCCACUCAAGUGUUCAACAUGGAAUUUGAAAUAAACGAAACUGUCAUAAACAAUAUCAAACAUUAUUAUCCUACAAGGAUUAAAAAUGGUACAACAAUUUCAUUUUCAACUGAUAAAAAUCACAAACGAGAUGGUGCGUGUCUCGGUGUUUUUUCAAAGGAUCAAUCAAAGUUCAGUAUUGCUUGUAAUAAAUCAACUCUAAACUCAAACCAAGGAAAAGAAAGCGAGGGAAAUGAAAACACAAGUCCGAUUACGGAAGCAAUGAAAGAAACAAUACAAUCCACUCCAGCAUCCAUAUCAAAUGGAAAUGAAACAACCGAGCGUACAACUUUAAAACCUACUCAUUCUACGAUGCAAGCUUUAACUGAUAAAGUGGAUGGAGACAACCAUAUUAAAAAAGAAACAACAAGACAAGCAAGCUCAGCAUCUAUAUCACGUGGAAGCCAAACAACCGAGAGUACAACUUUAAAACAUCUUUAUUCUACGAUGCAACCUUCAACGGAUAACGUGAACGUCAACCCUAUUAUCAGUUUGUUUAAAACAUUACUUUUGAAGUUAAUCUAGAAGUAAACAUUUUUCUACUUAUUACAGUCAACUCUACUUACAACGAGAUCAGUUUUGACGAGAUACUGCUUAUAGAAUACAUUCUACUGUGUCCCGGCCUUUUUCCUUCUAUCUACUUUCUUGUUAUAUCGUUUAUAACGAGAUCGGUUUUAGCGAGAUAUCGGUUACAACGUCAAUAUAUUUGAUGUCCCAUGCGUAUUGUUUAGAAUUUAAACGAGGACACUUCAUUGGCACUUCGUCGGCAUCAGUUUGUCAUCUUGAGAAAAAAAUGGUGACUUAAAACAAAAGACAAUUAAGGAAGAAAUUGAAAUUUCUGAACAAUUAGCGCCUUGUUUGUCAGCCCUACGGGCUAAAUCGUCCUUUAGGUUACAAAAUGUCAUAACAAAACAAUUCUAUUGAGUGAUUGGCACAAAGGAAGCGACAUAUUUCUUGUAGUGUUAUUCGCUGUUCGUGAGUGACUUUUGAAAACGAACUUUAAAAUGUACUUAUUAAUAAAAAUCCAGGUUGUUGAACGUAGCAUUAUGUGUUUUCAUAUGUUUUGUUAAAAUUCUAUGAUAACUUGAUAUAUUUAUAUACAUGUAUGUUUAAAUAAAACAAAUACUGCUGAGUGCAAAGAGAUAUCUCGCAUUUUAUAUUUUUUUAAAAAGGAUGUUCUCGAAAGCGAAAGUAGAAAUAAAUGAUGCUCGAUAGUGUCGGAUUUCACAAUUUGUAAUGACCCGGUUAGAACGAGGAGGACAGUCUUGUUGUUUCUGGAGUGCACUUUAUUUAAAUAUUGUGACACACAAAAAGCCUUUUUUUGCAAUUCAAAUAGAUUAAACUAUGAGCAUUUACACUAUCAUUCCUGCAAUAUUUGAAUUUUGUUCAAAACACAUAUUUUUAGUUUGAAUAAAAUUACCUUUAUCUGUUUAAACUUCCAGUUCCUUCAGUGAUAGCAGCUUGCGGACUUCUAUGUUCAAUUGUUAUUGCUGUUGUAUGCGUUAUCUUCUACAUAAGGAGAAAGAAAGGAAAGCGAAGAAAUGCCACUACAGUAAGCUCCACAAACGCACCUGUAGAGAGUGACUAUUAUAUGACUGAAAAUGCGAUGUACAAUAUGGGCCAGAUAUGCACGCGAGAAACAAUCAAUGAAAACGAACACAACGAUGUUUACAAUUAUCACGGAGCAUCCCCAAGCCAUUAUGAUUGUAUUCAAGACACAACUGGCAGAAACCAAUCUUCUAAAAACUCACCAAGCCAUGCUGUGUCAAACGAGUAUUCAACGUGUCUAAAAGUAGGCAAAGGAAGUGAUGUUGUCUCAAACAAUAAACGGUCGAUUAUUGAUAACGAAGUGCAACCAAAAUUUUCAGGAAUUAAUGGAGACGAUGACACAGUAUAUGACAGUACAGUGUCAACUUUUUCUCAGCAGACAGUCGGAGAUAAUGAUUAUCAUCAUUUGGGCUCUGUUGGUUUGAAUGGACUGAAUUUGACAUAUGACAGAAUUGGAAAUACUGGCUUAGGUAGACAUUAAACAUUGUGUUUUUUAGGAAUAUGGAUAAUCAUCUUUUCUUGUCAAUAUUGAUUAUUCUGUUCAUACCUGAAAAACAGUUAAUAUUAGAUAAACAUCAUAUCUCAAAGUAGAGUGACCUCAUCCAGUACGUAAGCCGAGAUGGCCAUCACGGGUGAAGUUCUAUUGCUACCCUAAAUCAUUGAAGGUAUUAUAUUAUCAUUUUCAGUCACAACAACAGGUAUCAACGGCAUAUGAUAGGGAAUAUAGUGAAAAAAUAACAUAACAUAUAUCAUUUGUAUGUAAAAGCAUGAUGUCAGCGAUCUGAAAUUUCGUAUCAAUCAUGUAUAUAAAUCACCUCUUCAUAACCAUAAAAUGAUUUUUUUUGUAGUCAAUACGGCUCAAAACUAGAUAUCAUUGUAAAGUCAACAGGUUUUCAAGACAUCACUGAAGAUAUUAUGAUUAAGUAAAAUUAUUAUUUACCUGAAAGUAAUGAGAUAAAGAUGUAUGUGCAAAUUAACAGAUAAAUACAAGAAAUGUCAACAGCACCUCAGACACCUAUCUUUAAAGUCAUAUAUCCAAUAGACAAUAGUUUCGUUUAGUUUUUUAUCGAUGUCCCUUGAACCAAAGAUUCAUUAUCAGGGACUUUCCUUUUAAGCUUUCAGAAUGCACAUGAGAAAACGUUUAGGAAAAACAAGACCUUGAGCAGAAAAGUUGAGUUAGAUACAUUUUAUGCAUUGAUAGCAAGUAAUGUAGAUUUGGCAAAAUAUGUUUCGAGUUGUAUAUUUAGUCAUACAAAUAAUAAGAAUGGAAAAUUAAGUUUUUUAUCAUAUACCAUCAUCGUUGUUUUAAUUUUCUGCCACAUUCACAAAGUACACACGUAUAUUUUCUAUCUAGUCACUGAUAAUAACGGUGUGAAUGUCUUUUAUAAUUUUAUUAUUCACCUUCUAUAUUAUACAAAUAUAUGUGUCAAUUUGCAUUGAUAUUGAUUGUUUACCACUCCGGUAAUUGAAAUUUCAGGAAUCCUAUAACAACAUGUCAUAAAUCAUACACAACAAUUUUCACUUCCAGAUCGGAUUGGAUUUACUCCUUAUUCGGAGAUAACUGGUCUAGAACAUGUUACAUAUUUACCUACUAUAGUAGAUAAUGGAAAAAUAUUGAUAUAGAUUAUGUCUAGCUACAUGUCUUAGUAUUGAAUGGAUAAGCAUUUGAAAAAAAACAACAACAACGGAAAAUAAUAAAACUUGAUAUAAGUUUAUACAGAAUUUUAUGAUAUAUAUUGUCCAUCCUACCUCGGAAUUGUUGUGUUCUUCCGUUUCCUGUUUAUUUUUUUAUGAAAUAUAAUUUACAAAAAAAAUG